AUGGUUGUUGCCUGGGGAAUGGGGGAGUCACUACAACACAUUAAAAGCAGAAAAAGUGUACGUCUGGAUGCCAACCACAUCAACUAUGUGCCCCCCAACUGCUUCAGUGGCUUGGUCUCACUUAGACACCUGUGGCUAGACGAUAAUUCUUUGACAGAAAUUCCCGUCCAAGCUUUUAGAAGUUUACCAGCACUUCAGGCAAUGACAUUGGCACUGAAUAAAAUUCAUUACAUACCAGACUAUGCUUUUGGAAACCUCUCUAGUUUGGUAGUUCUACAUCUCCAUAACAAUAGAAUCUACUCCCUGGGAAAGAAAUGCUUUGAUGGGCUCCACAGCCUAGAGACUUUAGAUUUAAAUUACAACAGUCUGGACGAGUUCCCCACUGCCAUCAGGACACUAUCAAACCUAAAAGAACUGGGAUUUCAUAGCAAUAACAUAAAGUCAAUACCUGAGCGUGCAUUUGUGGGUAAUCCAUCACUUAUUACAAUACAUUUUUAUGAUAACCCUAUCCAGCUUGUUGGAAGAUCUGCUUUUCAACACUUACCAGAACUCAGGACUCUGACUUUAAAUGGUGCUUCACAGUUAACAGAGUUUCCUGAUCUGACAGGGACUACAAGUCUGGAAAGUUUGACACUCACAGGAGCACAGAUCACCUCUCUCCCCAAAUCAGCUUGUGACCAGUUACCUAAUCUCCAAGUGCUUGAUCUGUCUUACAACCUGUUGGAAGAUUUACCCUGUUUUACUGCAUGUAGAAAACUCCAAAAAAUUGACUUGCAUCACAAUGAAAUCGGUGAAAUCAAAGCAGAGACGUUUCGGCAGCUGACUGCUCUUCGGUCUCUGGAUUUAGCUUGGAACAAAAUUAAAAUUAUUCACCCCAAUGCCUUCUCCUCUUUACCAUCUCUGAUCAAACUGGAUGUGUCAUCCAACCUUUUGUCUUCUUUUCCUGUGAUGGGGCUACAUGGUUUAACUCAUUUAAAAUUAACAGGAAAUCAUGCCCUGCAAAGUUUGAUAUCAUCUGAAAAUUUUCCAGAACUCAAGGUCAUGGAAAUGCCUUAUGCUUAUCAGUGCUGUGCCUUUGGAGCUUGUGAGAGCCACUACAAAAUCUCCAGCCAAUGGAGCAAAGAUGAGAAUAGCAGCAUUGACGAUUUUCACAGGAAGGAUGCUGGGCUGUUACAAAUUCAAGAUGAGCGUGACUUUGAAGACUUUUUCCUUGACUUUGAAGAAGAUUUGAAAGCUCAUCAUUCAGUGCAAUGUUCACCUUCUCCAGGUCCCUUCAAACCAUGUGACCAUCUGUUUGGUAGCUGGCUGACCAGAAUUGGCGUGUGGACCAUAGUGGGUUUGACCUUUAUUUGCAAUGCACUGGUGUCUGCUACAGUUUUCAGAUCACUGUUGUAUAUGUCCCCUGUAAAACUUCUGAUCGGUUUAAUAGCUAUUGUAAAUGCCUUGAUGGGUCUGGCCAGUGGAGUACUGGCUAGCGUGGAUGCAUCAACUUUUGGUAGCUUUGCUCAGUACGGAGCACAGUGGGAAAGUGGAAUUGGUUGCCAAAUAACUGGCCUUCUCUCAAUUUUUGCCUCAGAGGCUUCCAUUUUCCUCCUUACCCUAGCUGCACUUGAACGUGCAUUCUCUGUAAAGCACGCAACAAAGUUUGAAACAAAAUCCUCCGUUGCUGGUGUAAAAUUUGCCAUUUGCUUUUGCUUUCUGUUGGCACUAAUGAUUGCGGUGAUACCGCUCCUCACUGGGAGUGAGUAUGGGGUUUCUCCGCUUUGUUUACCACUACCAUUUGGAGAACCCACUGCUAUGGGCUACAUGGUAGCACUGGUAUUGCUGAACUCCCUGUGUUUUCUGGUAAUGACUGUUGCUUAUACAAAGCUCUACUGUAGUUUAGAAAAGGGGGAACUAGACAACAUUUGGGAUUGCUCUAUGGUCAAACACAUAGCCUUGCUACUUUUUACUAAUUGCAUUCUUUAUUGCCCUGUGGCCUUCUUAUCAUUUUCCUCCUUGCUAAACCUCACUUUCAUGAGCCCAGAAGUGAUUAAGUCAAUACUGCUAGUGAUUGUCCCACUGCCUGCAUGUCUAAACCCACUCCUUUAUAUACUUUUCAAUCCACAAUUUAAGGAGGACUUGGGAAGUCUGCGAAAGCAAACUUUGUUAUGGAGGAGAUCAAAACAUGCUAGUCUGAUCUCUGUGAAUUCAGAAGACAUAGAAAAACAGUCUUGUGACUCAACACAAGCACUGGUAACCUUCACAAGUGCCAGCAUAUCAUAUGACAUGCCUACCAGCAAUUCACUAAUGCCAUCAUCUUACCAAAUGACAGAAAGCUGCAAUCUUUCAUCAGUCGCAUUUGUUCCAUGUCGCUAG